AUGGCCCCGAAGCGGGAGUUCCUCCCGUCCGCGAACGACCACGAGGUCGGCAGCAGCCGGCGAAUCGCGCCGGCGGCGUUCGACAUGUGGCCGCCGGCUCCUCUCAGCCGCGACCGGAUCUACGUCACCGACGACGGGGUUGAGGAGGAGGACGUCGAGGAAGAGGAGGGGGUGGAGGACAACGAGGAGGACGACGAUGAGGACGAAGAGGGCGGCGAGGAAGAGGACGACGAGGGUGCCGGUGACGAUGAUCUCGUGGAGGUAGACGCGGACGGCGUGAGGACGAAGAAGAAGAAGAAGAAGAAGAAGCCGUCGGGCACACGAGGCCCGAAGUGGACGCCUCUGGAAGAUUGUUGUCUGUGCGAGUCGUGGGCGACGGUGAGCCAUGACUCCAUCAUCGGCGCCAACCAAAAAGGCGGGAAGUACUGGGCGAGGAUCAAGGCCGAGUUCGAUGAGCGCAAGCUCAUCAACAGCGACUACAGGAAGGUGUCAAUGAAGAGGAGCCAAAAGGCAAUGUCGACGCGAUGGGCCAUCAUCCAGGCGUCGGUGAACGCCUUCCAUGGGUACCAUCUCGACUUAGAGACCAGAGGCGAGAGCGGCGCCGACGCCGCCAAACUGUUUGAUCGGGCCAUGGAUUUGUACGCGAAGAACUCGGAAGGUCACAAGUCUUUCGUGCUCAUGCAUUGCUAUGGCAAGCUCAAAAUGAAUGAGAAAUGGCGGCUGACGCGCUUGUCGAUGUCCAAGGGGAAGGACGCCAUUGAUCUGGACGCGCCGCUGGCAACUUCGACAGGGCGUCCUACUGGCAACAAGGCUGCCAAGGCCGCCUUGGCCGACGCUGCGUCGUCUGAGAAGACGCAGGCGUCGAUCACGAAAUGCCUCGCCGACGUCUCCUCGACCUUUCUCUCCCGCGACAAAAAGACCGACCAAAGGUGGGCCGAGCUGCUCAAGAGGCAAGAGGAGAAGCUGGAGCUCAAGAAACGCAGGGACGACAUGUCCCUGCUGAGAACGUCGACAGAGGGAAUGUCUCCCCGGACGCGAGCGGCGCACAACUUCUUCAAAGGCCAGAUCCUCGACGACAUCGAAGCCAAAAUGGCGGCGGCGGACGCGGCGGCCCUGGCAGCGGCAUCGGCAUCGGCGGCAGCGGCAGCGCAGCAAGAGCAGGCUGACGCGUCUUCUACUGCUACACCUGCGUCGGCCUCUGCGUCGGCGACGGAGCAGACGCACCAUGCACAGGAACAGGCGGAUCGCGACGAGGUCGUCGUGCUCGACGGGCCUGCGUCGACUCAGGAUACGACGCCGUCGCCCAACCCCUUCCCCUUCUUCUAAUUUGCAUGCACCACCGGUCUGUAAUAUGAUCGCGCGCCCAGUACUUUGAUCGAUCGCCGCUACUCUGAUCGCGACGAAUCGGCGGGAACGAUCUCUUUUGAAUGCAUCUAUUUGAAUUUCUGA